AAUCUCACCAAUCUUUCAGAAAUUGAAGAUGGCUUCUCUCGGACGCUUGUCUCGGGCUGUGGUCCGAGCUCCCCUGGCCCAAACCCGUCAACAUUCAGCAGCGGCACAUGGAGAUUCCCCUCCCUCCAGACUGUGGAAGAUCCUGACCUUCACGGUGGCGUUCCCCGGAGUGGCAGUGUGCGGGCUGAACACUUACCUGAAGAUGCAGCACCACCACCACGAGCAACCAGAGUUCAUCGCCUACAGUCACCUGCGCAUCCGCAGCAAGCGCUUCCCCUGGGGUGACGGAGUGAAGAGUUUUUUCCACAACUCUGAACUGAAUGCUCUGCCAGACGGGUAUGAGGAGCAUGAGGAAUAAAGAGUAAUCGGGAGUCUUCACCUGAGCAACAUCUCCCGUGAUAGCUUGGGACCACCGUCCCCCUCUCCUCAACUCUUACAGACUACAUCAGCCGUGGACCACACUCCUUCUUAUCAGUUUACUUCAAAUAUCUGUUCCAACUUAAAAAAAACUUUCAUUACCUCGCGCACUCUCUGUUACAGAAGAGUCGACCAAGCGGAAAUAGUUACAUCUGGACCAUCUUGACAUAUUGUGAGCUUAAAACAUGUUAAAUAAACAUAUUUAAAAGUACCAAAA